GCAUGCGCGGGACCUGUCACGACUCGGCUGCUGCUGCCGCGGUGAAACAUGGCGAUGAAGGCUCUCAGAGGGAUGAUGAACGGGGCCAUGAGUGAGAUCUCCUCCGCUGUCGGCGGGAACAGACCGACGACCACCGCCGCCGCGGGUCCGACCUCCGCCUCCGCCGGCUCCCGGGAGCACGCGAUGGCCGUGAGCCGGGAUUACAUCUCCCAGCCCCGCCUGAUUUAUAAAACAGUGUCUGGAGUCAAUGGUCCUCUGGUGAUUUUGGACCAGGUGAAGUUCCCCAGAUACGCAGAGAUCGUCCACCUCACACUGCCUGAUGGAACCAGGAGGAGCGGGCAGGUGCUGGAGGUCACGGGCUCCAAAGCCGUGGUUCAGGUGUUUGAAGGGACUUCAGGCAUUGAUGCCAAGAAGACGAGCUGUGAGUUUACAGGGGACAUUUUACGGACACCAGUCUCUGAGGACAUGUUAGGUCGUGUGUUUAAUGGAUCUGGUAAACCCAUCGACAGAGGACCAGCCGUCCUCGCUGAAGACUUCUUGGACAUCAUGGGCCAGCCCAUAAACCCUCAGUGUCGUAUCUACCCCGAGGAGAUGAUCCAGACUGGCAUCUCUGCCAUCGACGGCAUGAACAGCAUCGCCCGGGGGCAGAAGAUCCCCAUCUUCUCUGCCGCGGGGCUGCCACACAACGAGAUCGCAGCUCAGAUCUGUCGGCAGGCCGGUUUGGUGAAGAAGUCCAAGGACGUGAUGGACUACAGCGAGGACAACUUUGCCAUCGUGUUUGCCGCCAUGGGGGUCAACAUGGAGACCGCCAGGUUCUUCAAGUCUGACUUUGAGGAGAACGGCUCCAUGGACAACGUUUGUCUCUUCCUCAACCUGGCCAACGACCCCACCAUUGAGCGAAUCAUCACACCUCGCUUGGCUCUGACAGCAGCAGAGUAUCUGGCCUAUCAGUGUGAGAAGCACGUCCUCGUCAUCCUCACUGACAUGAGCUCGUACGCAGAGGCUCUGCGAGAGGUGUCUGCAGCCAGAGAGGAGGUGCCGGGACGCAGAGGCUUCCCGGGAUACAUGUACACAGAUUUGGCCACGAUCUAUGAGAGAGCCGGCAGAGUGGAGGGACGUAACGGCUCCAUCACCCAGAUCCCCAUCCUCACCAUGCCCAAUGACGACAUCACUCAUCCUAUACCCGACCUGACCGGUUACAUCACCGAGGGUCAGAUCUACGUGGACAGACAACUUCACAACAGACAGAUUUACCCUCCCAUCAACGUGCUACCAUCUCUCUCUCGUCUCAUGAAAUCGGCCAUUGGUGAGGGAAUGACCCGCAGAGACCACUCUGAUGUUUCCAACCAGCUCUAUGCGUGUUAUGCUAUAGGGAAGGACGUUCAGGCCAUGAAGGCCGUGGUGGGCGAGGAGGCCCUGACGGCCGAUGAUCUUCUCUAUCUGGAGUUCCUGACCAAGUUUGAGAAGAACUUCAUCUCCCAAGGUGCGUAUGAAAACAGGAGUGUGUUCGAGACUCUGGACAUUGGAUGGCAGCUCAUGAGGAUCUUCCCCAAAGAGAUGCUGAAGCGGAUUCCUCAGAGCACCUUGGCUGAGUUUUACCCCCGCGAAGCCAAACACUGAACCGAUGCUUGCUGCUUCCACGUGUUCUAGUGAAGCGUCACUGCAUUAUAAAUAUAUGUAUAUAUAUAUACAUUACAUACAGUGUAGUGU